GGAGAGUGCGCGGCUGGCUGCGGCGGCCGGGGAGGCCGGGGAGGCCGCGGCGCGGUCACUGGGAGCCGAGCCGAGCCGCGCCGAGCCGCGCCGAUCGCCAUCCGGCCUCGGCCCUCGCGCGCGAUCCCGGCCGGCGGCGCGGCCCGGCGGGCCAGGCGGCGCCACAUCCCAUGGAGCUCGAGAACAUCGUAGCGAACACGGUGCUACUCAAGGCCCGGGAAGGUGGCGGUGGAAAUCGCAAGGGCAAAAGCAAGAAAUGGCGGCAGAUGCUCCAGUUCCCUCACAUCAGCCAGUGCGAAGAGCUGCGGCUCAGCCUCGAGCGUGACUACCACAGCCUGUGUGAGCGGCAGCCCAUCGGGCGCCUGCUGUUCCGAGAGUUCUGUGCCACGAGGCCGGAGCUGAGCCGCUGCAUCACCUUCCUGGAUGGGGUGGCCGAGUAUGAAGUGACCCCAGAUGAGAAGCGGAAGGCAUGUGGGCGGCGGCUGAUGCAGAAUUUUCUGAGCCACACGGGUCCUGACCUCAUCCCUGAGGUCCCCCGGCAGCUGGUAACGAACUGCACCCAGCGGCUGGAGCAGGGGCCCUGCAAAGACCUUUUCCAGGAACUUACCCGGCUGACCCACGAAUAUCUGAGCGUGGCCCCUUUUGCCGACUACCUCGACAGCAUCUACUUCAACCGUUUCCUGCAGUGGAAGUGGCUGGAAAGGCAGCCAGUGACCAAAAACACCUUCAGGCAGUACCGAGUCCUUGGCAAAGGUGGCUUUGGGGAGGUGUGCGCCUGCCAGGUGCGGGCCACAGGUAAGAUGUAUGCCUGCAAGAAGCUAGAGAAAAAGCGGAUCAAGAAGCGGAAAGGGGAGGCCAUGGCGCUGAACGAGAAGCAGAUCCUGGAGAAAGUGAACAGUAGGUUUGUAGUGAGCUUGGCCUACGCCUAUGAGACCAAGGACGCGCUGUGCCUGGUGCUGACACUGAUGAACGGGGGCGACCUCAAGUUCCACAUCUACCACAUGGGCCAGGCUGGCUUCCCCGAAGCGCGGGCUGUCUUCUACGCCGCCGAGAUCUGCUGUGGCCUGGAGGACCUGCACCGGGAGCGUAUCGUGUACAGGGACCUGAAGCCAGAGAACAUCUUGCUGGAUGACCACGGCCACAUCCGCAUCUCUGACCUGGGGCUAGCUGUGCACGUGCCCGAGGGCCAGACCAUCAAAGGCCGUGUGGGCACCGUGGGUUACAUGGCUCCGGAGGUGGUGAAGAAUGAACGGUACACGUUCAGCCCUGACUGGUGGGCGCUCGGCUGCCUUCUGUACGAGAUGAUCGCAGGCCAGUCGCCCUUCCAGCAGAGGAAGAAGAAGAUCAAGCGGGAGGAGGUGGAGCGGCUGGUGAAGGAGGUCCCCGAGGAGUAUUCCGAGCGCUUUUCCCCGCAGGCCCGCUCACUUUGCUCACAGCUCCUCUGCAAGGACCCUGCCGAACGCCUGGGGUGUCGUGGGGGCAGUGCUCGUGAGGUGAAGGAGCACCCCCUCUUUAAGAAGCUGAACUUCAAGCGGCUGGGAGCUGGCAUGCUGGAGCCGCCCUUCAAGCCUGACCCCCAGGCCAUUUACUGCAAGGAUGUUCUGGACAUUGAACAGUUCUCUACGGUCAAGGGCGUGGAGCUGGAGCCUACCGACCAGGACUUCUACCAGAAGUUUGCCACAGGCAGCGUGCCCAUCCCCUGGCAGAACGAGAUGGUGGAGACCGAGUGCUUCCAGGAGCUGAAUGUCUUUGGGCUGGAUGGCUCAGUUCCCCCGGACCUGGACUGGAAGGGCCAGCCACCUGCACCUCCUAAAAAGGGACUGCUGCAGAGACUCUUCAGUCGCCAAGUAAGCCCCAGCAGCAGCCUACCUGGGCCCCCAGCCUGGCUCCAGGGGACGGUGGGUGGGAGGCAGAGCCAGUGCCCCCAUGCGCUGGGAGUGGGCAUCCUCCAGUCCUGUUGUGGUGCCCAGGGUCUCUGGCCUCAUUCCCGCCUGUCCCCCACCCCUGGCUGGGCUCAUGGCCUCUUUUCUCUUUCCAGAGGUGAGCAGUGUGGGCUCCCCGUGGGUUGGCCUUGCUGCCUGGCCUCGGGGAGCCACGGGCAGCCCUUCCAUGGCAGAGGCAAGAUGUGGGAGAAAGAAGUCUGGUGCCCGCCCCACUCCCCCUGCCCACUGCUUUGAUUCCCUGCACCGUGGCCCCUUCGAGCUGCCAGCUUUGCUUAGCUUGUCUCCCUGUGCCGUCUCUGCCAGCCCCAGGGGAGAGGGCUGGGCAGAGGCCUUGCCCUGGCAGACCGUGGGAUCUACCCAGCCCCCUUACUUCAGUCUGUUGCCAGCAGCCUCUGCAAUGAUGCCCACCCGCGUGUGGCCUGAGCUGCUGCUCCAGGCUCCUCGUGGAGAGGCCCCUCCCCAGAGUGCGCCCCCCAGGCAGCUCCUGGCCUGCCCUGGCAGGGUCGGCCCCAUGUGAUGUCCCUCGUGGUUAAUAGCACCUGCUCUGCCUCUCUCCCUCCCUCCCUCCGUGUCUUCCCCGUCCCUCCAGGAUUGCUGUGGAAACUGCAGCGACAGCGAGGAAGAGCUCCCUACCCGCCUCUAGCCCCCAGCCCGAGGCCCCCACCAGCAGUUGGCGGUAGCAGCUACUCCGAGCGCCGUUUACAGUUUUGCACAGUGAUCUUCCCCAUUGUCCACUCAAGUCGUGGCCUGGGGAACACAGACGGAGCUGUCCCCAGUGUCCUCCGUCCCUCAGCCCCUGGCCUGGCUGAGUUUGGCAGGACCUAGGCCGUCCCUGGGACAAAGGUGCGUCCCUUCAGCUCUUCUCCGUGGAGCUCGGGGCUUUCUGUAUUUAUGUAUUUGUACGAAUGUAUAUAGCGACCAGAGCAUUCUUAAUUCCCGCCGCAGACCUGGCGCCCCCGCCUUGGCUCCUGGGGGCAGCCAGCCCUGGCUGGGAGAGCGGGAGCUGGCAGAGGAGCCACUGCCAAACUCAAGGCUCCUCUGGCCCAGCUUGGACGGCUGAGGGUGGUCACACCCCCGAGCCUUCAGCACUGUGUUGGCCACCCCUGGUCUCUGAGUAAGACUUGUGCCUGCCCCUGCUGCCCUGGGCUCAGGCUGCUACCCUCUGGGGCCCAAAGCUGUCCCUUCUCAGUGCUUGUCAGCGCUAGAUCUGGGGCCUCUGUAUGCCCUAGGCCUGUGCCAAAGUGGCCAGAGAUUGGGCUGCCUGUGAUACCCAUCAGCCCACUGCCCCGGCCAGCCCAGAUAGGUCUGCCUCUGCCUUCCAGCUCCCACAGCCUGGUCCCUGACACUGGGCUCUGUCCUGAAGACACCUCUUUCAGAAGCGCCCAAGCCCAGCCCCUAAGAGGAGGUGGGGCAUCCCUGGUCAACCCUCAGACAUUCCGGACUCCCCUCAUAACAAUAGACACAUGUGCCCAGCAAUAAUCCGCCCCUUCCUGUGUGCGCCUGUGGGGUGCGUGCGCGCGCGUGUGUACCUGCGUGGGUGAAGGGGAUAGGGCGAGGCUGUGCCUGUGCCCCAGGCCCCUGCCCUGGCCCUUCCCAGACUGUGAUGGCCAUCCUGGUCCCAGUGUUAGGGUAGCAUGGGAUUGCAGGGCCCCGUUUUUUCCAUAUUUAAAGCCAAUUUUUAUUACUCAUUUUGUCCAGUGUAAGCUGCCACGUGUCUCUGUGUGAAUACAGUCCGAGCACAAACCUG